AUGGCCAGCCACAGUGGGGCGUUCUCGCUCGUUGCCCUGUGCUUGCUGCUCGAGGUCGUGCUGCGGGGCACCGCAGAGACCCUCGUGCCAGCGGUGUUUGUGUUCGGGGACUCCACGGUGGACAUCGGCAACAACAACUUCAUUGAGAAGUGCGACAUCGGCUGCAAAGCCAACUACCCGCCCUUCGGCGUCGACUACCUCAACCACACACCGACUGGCCGGUUUAGCAAUGGCUACAACUUGGCGGACCAGCUAGCUCAACUGCUUCACUUUGACGAGAGCCCGCCUCCUUUCCUCUCCCUGUCGAACGCGAGCCUCAAAACCCGGAUGAGCACGGGUAUCAGCUUCGCGUCAGGAGGGUCGGGGCUUCUCGAUGCCACCGGCAAUGGACUAAUGUGUACGCAAGUAUUUUCUAUGACUGAGCAGGUCAGGAACUUCACGAAGCUCGCUCGAAAGUGGGGCCGUGCUGAUCUCAUAUCCAAAUCCCUCAUUUUCAUCAGCACCGGCAGCAAUGACCUGUUUGAGUACACCGACUUCCCAGACCAUAACUCUAACCGUAACGACACAGUAUUCUUGGAAAGCCUUGUGGCCUCCUAUACGAGCUUUCUAAAGGAGUUGUAUGGUGCGGGGGCAAAGAAAUUUACCGUGGCGAGCCCGUCGCUGGUGGGGUGCUGUCCCUCGCAGAGGGCGAUAGCUCAUGAUCCCAAGAAUCCCAGGGAUAUCGACGAGUAUGGCUGCUUCGCCGCGCCGAACAACCUCUCCCGGCAGCUGUACCCCAUGAUCGCCACCAUGCUGCACGACCUCAGCCUGGAGCUGCCCGGCAUGAACUACACCCUCGUGGACUCGAUCAAGAUUCUCGAGUGGGUCUUCUACAACACCGUCAUACCUAGUUCCAACUUCACGGUGCUGGACACGGCGUGCUGUGGUGGAGGGCCGUUUGGCGCUGAUGGGUGUAACUCCUCGGCUCCCCUGUGCCAGGACCGCAGCAACCACCUGUUCUGGGACGAGUACCAUCCGACCGCCGCCGCGACGGGGGCUGCUGCAAAGCUGAUAUUUGACGACACUACCGGGCUCUUCACCCACCCCAUCAACCUGCAGCAACUGGUCGAGCUGUAG